GGACGGGAGAGAGUUGGAGGAACUGCGAGACUGAUCAAUGAGCAGCUCGCAUUUUUUGGGAGGGGGGGGGAGAAGAAAUUUAGACUCAGCAAGAAAGCGAGAGCGAAGUGACGGGAGGGAGGGAGUCAAUGGCAGGGAAAGACUGAUGAAUGAGAGAUGGGAGCACAACCUCUGAAGAGGAGAGGAGUGACAGGGACACAUUUGAAGGGGGGACGCAGGAAUCUGACGGCAGGCGACUUUUGGGGAUAAGAAAAAGCGGGGAGAGUAAAAGAAAAAGACUCGGCGGCGACAGGGGAGGGAAGGGAGGAGCAGCGGAGGGUGAAAUAUUUAAAAAGAGACGGAGGCAGAGUCGAAAACUUAAGAGAAGAGAGAGAAUAAAUCAGAGCGGGGCUCCUCCUUUUUCCUUUCUUCCGUGCCGCUUCUUCCCUUCCGCGACUUUACGAAGCAGAGAUGACAUGAGGGGAGCGCGAGAAGGUUGAGGAGGACCGAAGAAGAAGACGGAGGAGAGGACGCAGUCCUCGAGACUUUUUUUGCUCUCCACAUCCAAAAAGAGAGAGACAAAACAUCAUAGAUAUUCCGAAGCACAUGAAUCCAAACUACGUCCAAUGGCGUGCUACUACAUUGUGAUCAGUUCCACCCACCUGCGUGACGGACAGCUGAGGAGCAUCAAGGGGGUGUUCAGAGGACCAAUAGGAGCCAGCGGCCAGCGGAACGCGGAGGAAGGGGACUCCAGUCUGUACUGCGAGCUGUGCGAUAAGCAGUACGUGAGACACCAGCAGUACGACAACCACAUCAACUCCCACGACCAUCACCACAAGCAGCGCCUGAAGGAGCUGAAGCAGAGGGAGUUCUACCGAGCGUUGGCCUGCAGGAGACAGAGGAGGCGCAGGGAGGAGAAGAGAGAGGAGCGGGUGCUGAGGAGGCUCCAUCAACAUGAGGAGAGGAGGGCGGGACAGUGUGCUCCAGGUUCCGGCCCCAUGUUCAGAUCCACCACGGUGGCGGUCGAUCCGGCGAACCAGACCCGACCGCGCUUUGAGCAGAACUGGGUCGACAUCCACUCCGGCGCCGCCGCGCUGGGAACAAAACCCCAGACCCCGCUGAUCAGGCCCUUCCUUCCCCUGGACCCUGCGCUGGAAACCAGACUCCUGAGCAACACACAGUGGAUGUACAAUCAAAUGGACGCCAACAACACAGCGACCGCUGCUCCUGCUGCUGAAUCCUGCAUGCUCGGCAAGGCCCAUCUGGACUACAGCGACUUGACAGUCGCCCCCAUGACGCCCACCACCGCCACAAACAACAACAUGAACACUGACAACACAGACACUGCUACCACUACCAGACACUUUAACAAGAUCGCCUGGGCUCAUAAUCAAUUAAACAACACCAUUACUCCCAAUAACAUCCCCACAACUGUCACCGCUAAUGGCGCCGCUUUCAACAAAACCACCACGAGCAGCUUCAGUGCGAACACCGCCGCCAUCCCCGCGACGACGGGCAUCAGCGUCGACACCAGCAGAGCAGCGCGCGGGGCGUCGGGUGCCCGGUGCGGCCCCGGCCGAGUCCGACCCGUCUCCUUCUCGCUGCCUAAAAGGAGCUGCGUCCUCCUCCACCAGUCGGCGGCUGUCUUCAUCCAAGCCGGCCGAGGCUCGGGCUCGUCGGGGAAGCCCGACGGUGUGGCGGCGCAAGAGAGGGCCAAGGAUCCGGGGGUGAAAGUCGCAGAUCAGCAGCUCAAAUCUCCAGUGUCUGUGGGUGUGGUGGCUGCGGAUCACUUGGACACUGGAAACCAGUGUAGUGUGGAGGGUAACACUGCAAUCCAGCACUCUGAGGCUGGAGCCAGUGCGUCUACUGAGACGGGACCUGCAGGACUGUCUGGCACCGGAGCCCAGGUAUCUUUAUGUGAUCGUGUUGUGAUCGGAGCUGACGACUCUGAUGACAGUGGGACUGGAGCCCAAGUCAGCAGGGAAAGUGGGACUGGAGCUUUGAAUAAUGGGAUUACAGGACAGAUUUGUGACAGUCUAAACACAACUCAAGCAUCAGUGUCUGGAGACAGUGAGGCUCUAACCCACGGGGAUGUGGACAAUCCGACAGAGUCAGAGUCCACCCAAGAAUUGAAGGAUUCGCUUUGUCCCGCUGCAAAUCAGCCCGAAAAAUCCAUUUCCGGUAUUUUAAAUGACACCAAAGAGUCUUCAGCUCAAACGCAGGUGAAGGAAUCAAACGCCUCUCCGUCAGUCGGGCCUAAGGAGGCAACCCCUUUGGCCCCGAGUCGCCCCAAAGAGCCGUUUUGUCCCGUGCUGAGCCGGGACGGCGGCAGGGUUCUUCUCUGGCCGUCGGAGAUGGUUCGCUACACCAAGACGUCCCCCUCCAUCUCCUACAGCGUUAACCCUCUCCUGUACGACUUCAGAGCACAUAACAGGGCCGGGCAAAGGGGCGAGGACGAGAAACGAGGGCUGGAGGAAGGUAGGGGGAGAAUAAAGCCAUCUGUGAUCAAACAACCCGGCUGCCAACAGAGGAAGGAUGAUAUGGAGGGCGGAGGGGGGGUAAAGAUAGAUGAAAGGGAGGAAGAGGAUGAAGGAGGACAGGCAGGAAAUCCAAUGGAACUUGUAGCCCAUUGUAGCGGUGGCGAUGCAGCUCCGGAUCGCUCCGGCUGCCGAGAUGAAAACGCUUUCAAAUUCGUUCCCGUUUCUGCAGAAUGCCACCUUGCCCCGGCGCCGGGCCUUCAAAACAGUGGGGGGAAGAGGAGGAGGAGGAGGAAGAGGAGGGGCGGGGUGAGGAGAGGAAUACGGAAGAGGGGUAGGAGGAAAAGAGGAGAGGAGACGGAUAGAAAGGACUCGGAACGGGGGAGGAGGAUAAUAAGCAGUCUUUCUGUGAGUCAGAUGUUUGAAGGGAGAGGAGAGGAGAGGUUGAGAGGAGAGGAGAGGUUGAAAAGAGAGGGCAGUGAAAAAGAGGAGAGAAGAGUAAAGGGGCUAUUAAGUAAUCUUGCGGCACAUCGGCUGGUGGGAGCGAAAGAAAAGAGGAUGAGGAGAGAGGAGGGAGGGAUAAGAGGAGAUCAGACGGAGGGAGAGAGGGCAGGCAGAAAUGAGGAGAAGAUAGGAGGGCUAUUAAGUAAUCUUCCUGUGAAUCGGUGUAAUCGGUGUAACCAGCUGUGUCUGCAGGUGAACAGGGAGGCCAGCCGGCAUCAAUCCCAGCAAUCAGCCUCCGGGUGGGACCGGGGGCUCAGAAAGCUCCUCCGCAGGGGUGCAGCAUGUAACUCGGUGAUUAGCCCCGUCCGCGGGUCUGUUAUAGGCGCGCCGCGCUGUCCCGCAAUUACGCCCGACCCCGCUCAGGAUGACGGACUGGCGGAGGAGAUACACAGAAAUACGCGCGCGGGGCGGGGAGACGGGGAGCAGGGGUAUCAGAUGAGGCCGGGGAUAAGAGCCGCUCAGGAUGGGUGUAGCCCGGGGAUUAGCGGCGUUUCUUUUGCCUGUCGAGGCUCAGCACGCGAGCCAGAAAUUCGUCUGCUUGCUCCAUCUCACAGGGAAACAGCAGGCGCUCCAGCGAUUAGCCCUGUCCCCGCUCCCUUUAGAGAAACAGCAUGCAGUCAAAGACAAACAAUACCUGUAGGACACAGCCAUCUCGCCUUAGGCGCGGCCCCACGCUGCUCCGCACAACGCACGGAAACAGAAGCGCGAAUUAGAUCCGCCCGCGCGGACGUGACCCUCCCCGGAGACGCGCUUUCAAAGGAUGUGAUGUCACAGGGAGCGGGAACAGCCGGCAAGAGGAAGAGCGAACUGCCCGAGGCGGAGGCGGCGCCGAGGAAGAGACGGAAAAGGGGAAGGAGACAAGCCAGGAGAGUCGCGGGUGUUGGUUUCACCUCUGACCUCGGCGUUCAUGACCCCACUGGUGAUCUAACGGAGGAGCUUGAACUCGACAGCAACGAGACGGCGGGACUUUGCCGCGACACGGACUGCCGCUGUCUUUGCAGGACGAGACACGUCACAAGCGACGGGGAGGGAACGUUGAGUUGCAACGCCGAUGACAACUGCUGCCGCUGCGGUGACAGUGAUGGCAGCGCCGCUAAUGACGGACGCGGCCACGGAGGCGAGGAAAAGCGGCGGAGCGAGUUACCUGUCAGCGACUGUCACACCUGCAACACACCGAGUGACCGGUGUCAGUGCGGUGGAAAGAGUGACGGGGACAGAAAACACAAUGAUCCUCUCAUCUGUGUAGCUGCAGACGACAAAAAUAAGGUUACGUCUCCUGAUCACGUGGACGAACUCCCCUCCGCUGACACAACGCACACACCUGUGGACCUACUGUCAAACGACUCAUUGGCCCGCUGCACUGACGACACGCACGCCGCCCGCCGGCAAUGUACAAACAUGCACGCGACGGAUGAGAAAACGUCCGCCGACGGCGAUUCCGGCAAAGCGGCCGGUGUUUGCGGGAAACCCGCGGCUCAGCGCGUCGCCGGCGACGACCGCAACGACCGUCGCAACUGUAAAACCAACGACGCGUGUAAUCGCGAGCGUGGCGGGGAGGGUCGCCUCCGUGAUUCAGCAGCUGAUUUGGUCUGCGGUGGGACCGAGCUGAGCGAUAUUGACGGCGGACAGUGUGAUUAUUUUAUCAGUAAUCAUGUCACUGAUUGUUGCUCUGUUGACAACAAUAGAGCCGGGAAUGAAGUGCAAGACGUGGCACUCGCGAGCGAACAGACGAAGCAGAGGCAGGAGGAGGAGGAGGAGGAGGAGGAGAGAAGGGAGAUGGAGAGGUUGAGGGUAAAGGAGAGGCGAGAAGAGUGGGAGAAGGAGUGGGCGAGGAGGAAGGAGAGAGAAAAGGAGGAGAGAGACAGGGAGAGGAGGAAGGAGAUAGAUUUCGAUCACCUCUACCCCGAGAAGAGGCCUCGUUUCUCCCGCGUCCUCCCUCCGCCGCCGUGCAUCCUCCUCCCGCCCUCCUCUUCCUUCUCCUUCCAUCACACCAUCAUCCAGCAUCACCUCUCCCUCCUGCCGCCUCCGCCGCACCUCCCCGUCCCGUCGUACCCUCAGCUGCUUCCCUCCUUCUCCCCGCAUCUGUGCCCCCUCGCGCUCAACCCACCUCCUCCGCCGCCGCCUCCGCCCGCUCUUCCUCCCUCUUUCUACGCCUCCUCCCCCAUCUCGCUCCUGGACGGCCCCGCUCCAUAUCCCAUAGCGACCACGUUUCACCCCGUGCAGAGUCAUCACCCAUCCCUCUAUCCCCCACCGCAUCCUGCCGUCUUGCCCUUACAAGUGUUGUUCUGAAAGAAGGAAAUAAAUAGACUCAUGAAAAGUACAUUUUCCCCAUUUUCCCAAAGAGAAGGGUUGUCAGCUGGGUGAAAGCAUUAUUAUGUGUCAUUACCCGCACACUCGACGCGAGGUUGAAGCGCCGGGGUUAACGAGACUUAAGUAGAAAAACCAAACGGGAUAUUUCUUACAGCCAAAACCUCUGGCAACCUCUUCACCCCGUCCAAAACACUCCAAGCACUGAUUCACACUUGUGAAAAGGAGAGAUGGCUUAUUAUCUUCAUCAGUCUGACGACGCACUCAGAACGAGCCUCAGGUGUGCAGCCGGCGGCAUCGUGGCGAGGGGGCGGGGGCGGGGCGGGGGACACGCAGCUGGGAACGUUUCCCUCGGCAGGAAUCAGCCGAUGCUCCCGUUUUGCAUUUUAAACCAAUGAUUUGCUUUGCAAGGCAUGUUGGGAAUGUCACGGUUCAUGACUUUAAAGGACAAAUCCAUCCUCGUACACUCACGGAUUGCCUCAGUCUGGAAUGAUGAAUGCAGGAUUAUUCUUUUUUUUUCUUCUUGAAAUUUACUCCCCCCUCACUGAGAGCUCCAACUGUACUGAUUUCAAGUAUUUCUCUCUCGUUUUCUGGGACAGAUGUGAACUACUUGCUCUCAGCCAGUUGUCGUCAUCAAGAGCGGACGACUCUUUUUGGACAAGCCCCUGUGCUGCAGCUAGAAAUGGAAAAAAACUAGAUCGGUCUUUUCCAAAAGGUUGAAACAAGACGCUGGAGUCUCCGGUCCAAAAUCGAUUCUGAGAUAAUUCUAUCAUUUUCAUUUUAAGCUUUCAUUAUCAAAAUGAGUCUUCUAUACCACGCAUGCAAUUAUGAAUUGGGAAAAACGCGUCGUUUCCCAACAUCUCCCACUUGAAGGACUGCAGAGCUACUGCGCUCGUGGCAUGGAAAAGCCUUGAUCGCUGGGAGUUACGACUAAAUAAAAUGCAGGAUUAAAGGGGAACGCCACCGGUUUUACACAUCAAAGUCAAUUUGCAAACUCUGCUACUUGAAAUAGGUCUCUGGGGGGAGCCGAGUAGUGAAGUCUGGUGAACUGGGGCGGGACAUGUUGAAAAAAGAACCAGACCUCCGCGUCCUGCUGCUCGACCGAGGCUACAGCUACGCUGGAGGCUACAUCGGCCACCGCGAUGGAAUCUCAUUGUGUCAUCGUGCAUUGUGGGUAGUGUAGUGCACAGCUAUAGAUUAUCACCUGAUCACGAUAUUUGAGUCAGUAUCUGAUAUUAGUGCAACAAAUCGUACAGUCCUGAGCAUGAAGCGAGCUGAUUGGCUGAUCCAGCUCCGGUGGGGAGGCGGAAAUAAAAAAACACACGUAACUGAACACGAACGUCUCGUUCCGAUUCACGCAUGUGCAACCUUAACUUUUCAAAAGCUCUCCCUGAUUUCUUUCUACGCACUUGAGUAAAUCCAAAGAGGAAAAGAAGUGUCUUGGUGGACACUGUUGCUCAACGGUGAUUAAGAAGCUGCUCGUGGUAACGACAAAUAAAUUGCUAAGGGAAAACUUUAUACAAAACAAAGUAUAAAAUCUUCAGAAAAACAUUUCCUUUUCUCUUUAGGUUUAAUUAGUACAGUGGCGCGUUAAGGUGCCAGUUUGAUUGAUUAUAUUACAGGCGGCAAAAACAAUAUACUAAGACGAUGACUCUGUAGGUAUGGAAAUGGGAUAUGUUCCAGUCAGAUGCCUACUGAUGCUAUGAUUAUUGUAUAUUUUGGCAUCUUAGCCUCUUCUGCAAUGUACAUUUCUCCCCGUUGAGUCAGAGCAGAACACUAAGUUCAGAAAUGUCUUUUUAAGGAUUGUUAAGGACCGACUCCAGCGUCUCGCCGUUUCUUCCCUCGAACGUGCUUGAGUGUUGAUCUUCUGCCAUCUCGCUCAACGUGCAGCCGCGCUAAAAAUAUCCCAACGUGGCGGGAUGUGAGCUUACACGUAAGUGACUCACCCAGGGAGGAAACAAACGGGGCGCCGAAAAAAGCACUCGCAGAGUGAUUCAGCGAGUCGAAGCGCCGCACAGUUGGCCGCGCCGCGUUCAAGGGUUAAACUCCCUCUCAUUGGUCGCUCGCUGCAGUUUGACAGUGGAAGCCCGUGCUCUCAAAUCAAAUGCAGGGAAGUUCAAAGUGUUCGGUGGGACACGUGGCACUUUGCUGGCCGAGCAGCCCCUCAGGGUGGAUUUCUCCUUUAAAGCUAAGGGGGUUAGCUUUGUUCAAAUGUUCCUCUUCUGAUUCUUAAUUCUCCAUACAGUACUAUGUGCCAUCAAGUGCAGCGGGUAUACCUCAGAAUUAACAACCCGUGAGUCCCCCGUGUCUCUCCGUAGGCGGCUCCCGUCAGCGUGACGCUCAGAGUUUGAGUUGAUAAUCGCGGGAGUAACGAUGAGUGGAGAGCAAGAGUAACUCCCACGCUCGCCGCUCGCGCUUCUGUUCUUCUUGGCCGUCUUCUCUGUCUCGCUCGAAACAUCUGGCCGCGGAGGCUUUCACUGGCGGCGACCAUCCAUCGCUGUGACUAUGUUAUUCUGCAAUGAUACGUGAACACAUGCAUGACAGCUGAAGAUUUCUCGGGGAGGCAACCGUCCUCAUUCGCUUUUUUUUUGGGGGGGGGGGGUGACAGGCUUGUUUGAUCGGCUCUGCAGCUGCUGAUUCCCUCCCCAGAUGACCUCUGGUGUACGUUGGCCACGUUGCCAUGGUGACAUGUACUCGCCGCUUUGAGAAGUUUAUGAGCAGAGGCAGUGACGCGAAACUCGUGACUUCUUCAUUGACGCAGAGUGCAAAAAAAAAAAAGAAAAUCCAAAUCAUAUCUGGCCGGCGUGACUGCCACUCUCUCUCUCUCUCUCUCUCUCUCUCUCUCUCUCUCUCUCUCUCUCUCUCUCUCUCUCUCUCUCU